AUGGCCGACACGGACGAUGUGUCCCGCAUGCCGCUCGAGGAGCGGCUCGCAUCCAAGUUGUGGAAGGCGCGUCUGUCCGCGUACGAAGAGCUAGCGGCGUCGUUUGCGCGCACGCCGUCUUCAGACGAUGCUCUGAUACUUGCGUAUGCGAGGCAGCCCGACACGCUGCGUGGCAUGGCCCUGGACGCGAAUGCCGCCGCGCAGGAGAAGGGCGUCGAGUGUUUGUGUGCGUUUGUGCGCUAUGGCGCGCACCAUGCGGGCCGCACGCGCGAUGUCGUGAUGCCGAGCGUGGCUGAAAAGUGUUUGGGUUCGAUGCGUACAGGCACACGCAAAGCGGCGCUGGAGCUUGUCCUGCUCUAUGCCGAGCACGAGGAUACCAUGGGAUGUGAUGGACUGGUAUCAGACAUCUCAGACAAGCUCGCAGCCAAGCAGCCCAAGGUCGUGGCGGCGAAUGUCGCUGCCCUCACAGCGCUCGUGCGUGCCUUUGGUGGCGAGCAGGUCAACGUGCGCCUCGUGGCCCAGUGCGUGCCCAAGGUAUUUGCGCAUGCCGACAAACAGGUGCGGGCGGAGGGCGCCGACCUGGCCGUCGAACUGCACCGCUGGAUAGGCGCGGGCCUCGCCCCUGUCCUGGCGCAGCUCAAGGACAUCCAGGCCAAGGAGCUCGAGCAGCGCUUUGCCGAGGCGCCCGCAGCCACUGCGCCGACGCGCUACCUGGCCUCACGGCAGCCCACAGAGGCCCCUGCGCGCGAACCUACGCCGCCACCCGCGGCCGUGGACGAGCCACCGCCGCCUGCGCCGUCCGUCGACCCAUACGACAUGGCCGAGCCAGUCAAUCCCCUGCAGAGCCGCCGACUUUCGCCCACAUUUUUCGAUAUGGUCACAUCCACGAAAUGGCAAGAGCGCAUCGAGGCGCUAGAGUCGCUGCACGCGGCGCUGACCGAGUCGCCGCGCCUCGUCCGCGACCCGGGCCUGGACGAGUAUGUUCAGGCACUGCAUGUGCGCAUCCAAAAAGAUGCGAAUAUCAAUGUCGUGCUGCACGCGAGUCGGUGCCUCGAGGCGCUCGCGCGGGGUCUGCGCCAGGACGGUGCGCCGUAUACGUACGUGCUCCCGACAUUGCUGGACAAGCUCAAGGAGCGCAAGCCCGCGACGCUGGAAGUCCUACAUGCGACGCUCGAUGCUGUCUACCUCUGCAGCGCACUCCCAGAGAUCCUGGAGCCCGUGUCCAAGGCAGCCGUGCACAAGAAUCCUGCCGUCAAGGCGGGCACGAUCCGGUUCCUUGGCCGCUGCCUCGCUUCCGCACGGCCGUCGCCGCAGGACAUAGCUGUCGCGGCGCCUAUUCUCGUGCAUGCCAUGUCGGACGGCACGGGCGACGUUCGUGAUGCAGCCGCCAGCAGCAUGGGCGCGCUUCUCCAGGUCGUGGGUGAGCGGCCGCUCUUGCCGUACUUGGACAAGCUCGACGAUUUGAAGCGGGCCAAGGUGCGUGAGGAAGCCAACGUGCGCUCUUCGACCGCGCCAGCCCCGAAAGCGGCGCCCGUGCCGCAAGCCUCGCCUGCGCCGAAAGCGGUGCCUGCGCCCAAGCCCGCCGCAGUGCCCAGGGCCGCUCCUUUGGCCAAACCUGCCGCAGCGCACAAACCCAUGCCUGCAUCCAAAGCUGCGCCUUUGGCCAAGUCCGCCGCCAAGCCCACUCCGCCCACUGCGUCCCGCGGCGCGCCCGCGCCGAAAGCCGCGCCCCGAACGGCUCCCAAGGCAGCUGCACGCGAGGAAACUCGUCCUCGCUUCGCACCCGAAGAGGCAGACGCACUUGCGCGGGACCUGAUCCCGCCUCGCAUCCAGGAGCAGCUCGCGUCGUCCCAGUGGAAGGAGCGACUCGAGGGAGCCCAGGCUCUGACGGCAUGGCUCGAUGACGCGGAUGCCGACGUGCUGGCACACUUUCUGGCUCAGCGCCCUGGGUGGCGAGAGAGCAACUUCCAGGUCAUGGGCGAGGUGUUUCGGUGCAUGCAGCGCAUGACGCAGCUGCCUACGUUUGGGCGUGCGACGGUGGCACUCACCGUGCAGCCGAUGUGCGAGAAACUCGGCGACAUGAAACUCAAGGCGCUCGCGGGCGAGACGCUGCUGCAGUAUGCCGAGGUGACGUCCCUGAGCGCUGUGCUCACUCACGGCGUGCCGUGGAUCGGUGCUCUCAAGGCGCCCAAGGCGCAGGCGGACGCACUGGUUUGGAUGGAUCAGGCCAUCCUCGCCUUCGGCGCCGUCGGCCUAGAUGUGCCGGCGCUGGUCACGUUUCUGGGGACGUGCCUUGCGUCAGCGAAUCCUGCCAUACGGACGAGUGCGACGGCCGUCGUCGUGACGCUCGCGAGAUUCGCGGGCCCGUCUGUCGUGUCUCUCCUGCCAGACAUCACGCCACAGCUGCGCUCGACGAUCGAGACGCAGGUGCAGACAGCGCCGCCUCCGCCGCCUCCGACGAGAUCGGCGCGCGCAGCGGCACCCGUGCCCGAGGAUGAGCCAGCCGAGGCCGUCCCGGCAGCGCCUCUGGACGACGCGCUGCCCCGCGUGGAGAUCGACACACUCGUGUCGCCCGCGACGCUCGCGUCGUCGUCGGACAGUGCGUGGAAAGUGCGCAAGGAGGCGCUGGAGCGCAUCCGCGAUGCCCUGCGGCCCCAUGCACGCCUCCGUGGUGGCAUGGAGCUGGCGCAGACACUCCGUCCCCGCUUCCUCGAUACGAAUUUGAUGGUACGUACGCUGGCCCUCGACAUGGUGAUCAUGCUGGCACAAGGCACGCAGCCAUUUGAGCCCCUCGCACGUGUGCUCGGCGCGCCCGUGACGCAGGUGCUGGCCGACAGCAAGGCGCCUCUGCGGGCGUCGGCGAAGGCCGCGCUCUCGGCCAUGGCGCACGGCCGCGCCUUGGGCCCGUUGCUCGCGCCGAUGGGUCACGUCCUGGACGGCAAGCAUGCGAAUCCCACGCUCCGGCAGGAACUAUUUGCCUGGCUGCACACGUACAUGACAGAGACGCCCGGCAGCCCUGGCGACGUGCAUCCUCUGAUCCCGUCGGUCGUCGCUUCGCUGGACGACCGCGCGGCGCCUGUCCGCCAAGCCGCGCAGUCGCUCCUGCCCUUCCUGGUACAGUAUGCCGGGCCGAAGGCGCUGUAUGAGGCCGCCGCGCAACUCAAAGGUGCCUCGCGCGCCACGGCCACACCACUCAUUGACGCGGCGCGCGGCUCGGCGCCCAGCACGGGCCGUGCGGUCAGCACGGCGAGCACAGCCAGCUCGGCCAGCUCGGCCAAGGAGCCUUCGCGAGGCGCAGCUCGGCGCCCGCUCCCGCCGCGUGCGCCGGAAACGCCGCGUCUCAGUGCCGUGAACCGCUCGUUGGCGCCGCGUGCGCCGCGGCCCCACACCGAGACGGCCCUGCUCCUGUCCGCGGACGCCAAGGGCAAAGCAGCCCGCGAGCGAGCGAGUCGGACGCCGCUGGUCGUCGAUGGCACCGUCCGACCCGCGGAGAUCGAGGCGCUUCGGCACCAGAUGGACCUGUGCUGUGCGCCCACGCUCGUCGCGGCCCUGUUCAGCCAGGACCACCAUGCGGAGCGCGACUAUCUGCAGGGCACGAGCGACUUGCUCGCCUACCUCGCCAAGGCGCCGAGUGCGCCUGUCCUAGCGCAGUCCGAUGUGCUCAUCAAGUAUGCGUGCGUGCGCGUGCUCGACAGGCACACGAGUGUGGCGCUGCGGUGCAUGGAGCUGCUCAGCACGCUCAUGGACGUGCUGAGCGCCCACGGCACGCAUCUCACCGAGAGCGAGGCCCAGGCGCUCCUCGCGACGCUCCUAGUGCGUCUAGGCGACGCCAAGCCCAUGUUCCGCGAGCAGGCGCGCGACUUGCUCCGCCGCUCCACGGUCCUGUUCCCGCCCUCGCGCGUGUUCUCCGUGCUGCUCGAGCACGGCGUGACGGCUAAGCAUGUACGCACGCGCGCCGAGUCGCUGCAGGAGCUGGCGUUCCUGCUUGGGCGCCAAGGCCUAGGCGUGUGCACGCCGUCGAAGGCCUUCCCCGUGAUGGCCUCGUGCAUCAGCGAUCGCGACGCCGCCGUCCGCGGCGCCGCGCUCUCGGCGCUCACCGAGGCCUACCAGCUGCAGGGCGACGCGCUCUGGCGCCUCCUCGGACCGUUAUCGGCACGUGACCAGGCGUUGCUGGAGGAGCGGUGUCAGCGGACCAUGACGCGCCCGGCGCGUCGCGCGGCGCCGGAGGAGGACGAUGUGCUCGCGCAGAUCUGCCGUGACGACAAAGAGGAGAGUAUUGCAGGGCUCAAAUCGCUGCAGGCACAGCUCGGCGAGCGGUCCCUGCCGGCGUCGGAUACCGUUCAUGCGCUCUUGCACGCAUGGGACGCCGUGGGCCGCGAGCCCGAGCUGGAUCACCGCUAUAUCAAGCAUAUUCUGCAAAGCAUCCUGGUCCUGCUGGACACGCACAUGCGCCUGGACGCUUCGCAGCUUGCGCCCUUGCUGGAGGGCCUGCUACGCCGCCUCAUGUACGUCUCGGCGCAAGACCAUGAGGCGUCCCAGACACUGUCCAAGCAGCUGAACGCCGUGGUCCUGCGGAUCCUGUCGAUGAGUCAUGGCGACGACGUAUACCAAGCCCUGUUCUCGCUUCUCGUCUCGACGACAGCCGACGUGGCCGCGGGGGAUCAGGCGCAACUGGCCGAGUUGGUGGUCAAGUGCCUGUGGAAAGUGGCGCGCAAACUGCCCGCCGCUCUCGAGGCGAAGCAGGUGCAUGCCGAGGCACUACUCCGCAGCGUCGAGGGCUUCUUCGAGGCUAUUCCACCGAGUGAGUGGGCUCAGCGGGCGCAGAAACAUGUCCCCCUGCGUGAUAUCCCCCUGAUCACCGCCACGAACGUGCUCAAGCAGCUCACAGACACGCUCGGCGAAGGUGCGUUGGCCGCCACGGACGCAUGGACAGAGCCGGAGAAGACGCACGUGUACCGCUACCUCUUGCGCCUCCUGCACGGCCCGAGUCCUCCGCCUGCGGCCGAUGCGCCCUCAUCGCCACCGCCGCGAGUGCCGUCACCAGCGCCCCCAGCCGCUUCCGACGACGCGCCAACGGAAGAGCUACGUGCGAUCUUCGACGCCAUCUCCCAAAAGGACAAGUCGCGCGCGGCGAUUCGCGACCUGUACGAGUUCCAAAAACGGCACCCCAGCAUGCACGCAAGUAUCGAGCGCUCCCUCCAAAACACAGGCCCCAUCUUCCAGCGCUACAUCAAGCGCGCCCUGGCGAAUCACGCCGCCGAAGACGAGGCACCCGCCCCACCCACGCCAUCCACCAGUGUGGACGCACGUCUCGCCGAGCUCAAAGCCAAGUUCCGCCGCGAACCGUCGCGCGACGCACCUGAGCGCAUGCAGAAACGCAUGUCCAUGUCCACCGAGGCAUUGCGCACCCGUCUCGCCACCAUGCGCACGGACGACGCCGCGCCAUCAUCGACCAUGUGA